AUGUCAGGCCCGACUUUCAACAGUCCGUUUGGGGCGAACUCAAACCCCUUUGGUUCCUCACGGAUCGAUACAGGCGUUAUGCAGCGGGUAGCCGAGGAGGACGAGAACGACACCGUCACUUCUCCCACGACUCCGCAUUUUGGGACCACAACAAGUGCCACCUUCCGAGGACCGUUCGGCGGGGAUGCCACAUUUGACCCUCAACCUUCCGGCGUCAGAAGUCCUCCCAACCCUGAGGGAUAUCCGGCGCAAUAUAAUUUCGGUCGUCGCACCUCAGUCUCUGCGGAGUCGCUGAAGCCUGUUGCUGAUAGCUAUGAUAACUGGACACCCCCUUACCAUCCCAAGACCCCUGAACAGCUCGAGCGUCUGAAGAAGGCUAUCAGCGGGAACUUUCUCUUCAGUCAUCUUGAUGAAGAGCAGAGCGCCCAAAUUUUAGGUGCUUUGGUUGAGAAACCAAUUCCAGCCAAAGGCAUUAAAGUCAUCACUCAAGGCGAUGCCGGUGACUAUUUCUAUGUUGUCGAAAAGGGCUCGUUUGAUGUAUAUGUCAACAGCGCUGGAUCAUUGCAGCCAGGACCGGAGGGGAUGGGACAAAAGGUGGGCGCUAUUGAGGCUGGAGGCUCAUUUGGAGAGCUGGCCCUCAUGUAUAAUGCCCCCCGAGCUGCUACGGUCAUCUCUGCUGAGCCGAACUGCACACUCUGGGCCUUGGACCGCAUCACAUUCCGGCGGAUUUUGAUGGAGUCGACAUUUGCUCGCAGGCGCAUGUACGAAGGCUUUUUGGAAGAAGUCCCGUUGCUCCAGAGCUUGACACCAUACGAGAGAUCCAAGAUAGCCGAUGCUCUGGAGAGUCAGAAAUUUCCUGCGGGCCAUACCAUCAUUCGCGAGGGCGAUCCGGGCUACGAUUUCUAUUUGCUGGAGUCUGGCGAAGCGGUGGCGUAUAGGAGCGACAACGACCAGCCAGUCAAGCAUUAUAAGAAGGGCGACUAUUUUGGUGAGCUUGCCUUGCUCAAUGAUGCCCCACGGGCCGCCAGCGUUGUCAGUACGACCGAGGUGAAGGUGGCCCGGCUUGGCAAGUCUGCUUUCCAGCGGUUGCUAGGCCCAGUUGAGAGUAUCAUGAGAAGGCAGAAAUAUGUCGGUGUCGAGUCAGGUGUGGAGGAUAAAGACCCGCUUCAGAAGUCAUGA